AUGGCUUCUGAUGUAACUCGUAGUAAUAGUCAAAUCGAAUUAAUUAAAAAUGAUAUUUUAAUAAAUAAAUCAACAAUGAAUACUGACGAAGAAGAAGCUACAGUCCCAAAAUUAACUGAAGAAACUACAAUAACAACACCAUUAUUACCCAAUAAUGAAAAUUCAACACGUAAAAUUUCAUUAUCAUCAACAAGUUCAAAAUCAAGUGAUUAUCCUGAUAUAUGUCGAAUAUGUCAUUGUGAAAGUUCAAAUGAUGAACCAUUAAUAUCACCAUGUUUAUGUUUGGGUACAAUGCAAUAUUUACAUCAAGCAUGUUUACAACGUUGGAUUAAAAGUGCCGGUGUUAAAUCAUGUGAACUAUGCAAAUUUGAAUUUAUAAUGCAUUCAGAAAUUAAACCAUUUAAUCAAUGGCAAAAAUUAGAUAUGAAUGUUGUUGAAAGACGAAAGAUUAUGUGUUCCGUUGCGUUUAAUUUAAUUGCUGUGACUUGUGUUCUUUGGUCAUUCUAUGUUUUAAUUGAAAAAACAAGAGAUGAAGUUAAAGCGGGAAAACUUCAGUGGCCAUUUUGGACAAAAUUAAUUGUUGUAGCCGUCGGAUUUACUGGAGGAUUGGUAUUUCUUUAUGUUCAAUGUAAAAUGUAUCUCCAGCUUUGUAUUCGUUGGCGACAAUUUAAUCAACGUAUAGUUAUUCAUUCAAUUAGUGAUCGUCAUAAUGGUAAUUCAUCAUCAGGAAUAAAAAGUUCCAAUAAUAAUAAUAAUAACAGUGGUAAUUGUAUAAUAACAGUACUUGAUGCAAAUGAUUUACCUCCAUUAAAUUCUAAUACAUCAAUGACGGCCAUGACUAGUAAUAAUAAUUCAACAAAUUCAACUUCACCUCAAUCAUCAGUUAAUCAUAAUCGACGUCAUGAUAAUAAUCGAAACGUUUUACAUCGCUUUUUAAUAUUUCAUCGAUCGGAUCAAUCUCAAACUUAA